UGGCGUGUGUGUGGUGUGUGGUAUAAAGAAUAUUUUGAAUUUUUUAAAUUUUUUGUACGUAAAUUUAUCACGAUAGUAUCAAAAUAUAUAUGGUUAGUUAGACAGGCGCUUGCUUACGUUUAUAAAAGUACAAUAUCAUAGCUGUAGAAUGCGAGAUACACUGUUUUUAGCCAACAUUCCUGGCAUUCCAGAGGAAGAAAAGAAGUAAAUAUUCCAGAUCUCGAAGAUGUAUACGACGAUGGAUGUAGAUCGGCCUACACAUUGUGAAUGACAAAGGAAACACUCGCGUUGUCUUCUGUAAUUUCAGAGUUAAUUUCGGAAUUACCGUUGUAAUGAUUAAUACAUGACCUGAAUAUGGUAAUUCUGCAUAAGAAUGCCGCUGAUCCAUAGGGUGAAGCAGUCAAAAUCAUUAUGGCUCACUACGAAUUUCUUCCAUUAUGUGAUGUGCUAUUCAAUAUCAUAUCCUUAGCUUCAUAUUUUUGUGACGUGGUGUUCGAUGUCGUGAUGAGCUAUGCACUGUUUGAAAGAGGUCGUAUUGUUUGGUUUGCAGUAUCAAUGACUUUUGUUACCGCUUCUCUGGUUAUAAGUCAAGCGAUCUCCCUCAAAUGGUACAUUCAUGCAAGUGAGAAUCGUAGACGCAUGAAAGAGAAAUCGAAGAGUGAAACUGAAAUUGCAACAAGUUCUCGUAACAGUGGUGAACAGUGUUUUCAGUGGCUUGUGGUAGCACUGCAUGUCAUUCAGUGUGGCAUUCUGUGGCGUUAUUUCAAGUUAUUCAUCCCCGUGGAUCUUCGCUACGUGAAACACGAAGUACGAGAUCUGUGCAUGUUGCGUUUAUUCCAUGCCUUCUGUGAAGCAGCCCCUAUGUUACUAGUCCAACUGUAUUUAUUGUGGCAGGAAACCUCGCCUAAAGAAUUCAGUGACCUCAAUAUUGUCUCCACAGUUCUGUCUCUGUUUAGUGUUUGUUGGGCAUUGGCCUCUUUUAGCAAGAACGUACGUCUUCAGAAUGUGCAUCGAUUAGUUCUAACAUGGCUUGGUGUAAUAUUCCAAUUUCUUUGGAGACUUGGGACAGUGUCAGCACGUGUGACAGCUUUAACUGUAUACGCUACACUGUAUGGACAUUGGGUUUUUCUUGUAAUUGGCCUUCAUUGGAUUUCUAUGUUUCUGUGGCUGAUCUCACCGAAAAAUGUAUUCCAUGGCGAAAGAAUCUCCAGACGGCGUAAGGCAGCUUUCUCAGCCCUCAUUGCCAUUGUAUAUAUCUUUUCGUACAUCAACCUUCAGGAGGUGAAUCCACGGCAAAAAAUGGCUACGUUUUAUGUAGUCAUGUUCCUGGAAAAUGCUCUACUUGUUGUGGCAUGGCUUGUAGGUGUAUGGGGUGAGGCGCCUUGGUACAGUAAUGCUAUCCCCAGUGUUGUCUUCAUGUCAUUUUCUACAGGAAUAGCUUUCAUGCUGCUCUACUACCGGUACUUUCAUGUCAGGAGGUUGCGUUAUGAGGCGGGAGGUCGACCAAACUCGUACAACAAUAAUUGUGAUUCAACUCAGCAUUUAUCUGGGAAUAGCUAUGGAGAAAUUCAACAGGGCAGCAAAUUGGAUGAUCAGCUUACAGGAAAUAAAAAUCAGGACAUGGACUGCAAUGGCAAGCUUAGUGAAACCAAUUGUUACCAGCGUCACAACAAUGGCUACCACCCAUACCACCAUGGCGGUAUCCCAGGUGUAUUUAACUGUCGGUUUAGUAAUCCUGUAGCGUCUGCAGCAGCAACGAAACGUAAGAAGAAGAAGCCAACUACUUUUGUUCCACCACCUGUUGUCACCACAAUUCCAUCCAUGGGUAUGGUUCUGCAGCAACACCACCAGCAGCAGCAUCAGAACUUGAUGCAGGAUGCUUUCAGCAGCAACCUUGCACUGCAGAUGCAAAGUGCUGUACCGUUCUGGAGACGUCCAUUGCCCAGUCAGCAUAACCACCAGGGCGGCUCAAGUGAGAAUGAAGCAAGCAGUGUGGGCUCAAGGGUAAACAUCCAGCAGAAGCUUCAAGAGAAGAAACAGAAGCAGCUUGCAGAAUUACGUGUCAUAGAGGAAGAGAUCAAGCAAGGCAAGAUUCAACGUCCUGGAGGUUCAGGUGGAACCCCUUCUGGUAUUGGAGAAGACUUGGGGUCUCUGCCUCGACAGCCAAUCCCACGUGCAAAGCGACAUAACCAAGGAGGCUGGCCACCUCCCUCGCCACCAAGCUCACGUGCUUUACCUCCACCUUACACUUACCACCUGUUACCACCACCAAGAGCAAAACAUCGGUCAAAAACACCAGAAAUUUUGUUGGCUCCACACUAUCUGGAGAGCAGUGGGUUGUACUAUGGGUGGGAACAUGAAAGGUCACCAGUUUACAGACUUUCAGAUGAUGAAGCUAUAGACAGGGACUGUAGCAGUGAACGAGGCUCUAACUACUCAGAGUCGGGGAGAGGCGGCAAAAAUGACCUGUUGGCACGAAGUAGUGACAUGGCAGGUGACUCUCAUUCCAAUAGUACCCACCAGCAGCAAGCAAUGCUGAUGUACAAAUCAUAUCGCAUUCCAUCUGACAUGGACUCUCAGAUCUCACUUCCAAGGUCAUAUACACUACCUCGGGAGUUCAAAUAUUACCGAAGACCGAAGUCAAGGAAAGCCAUACGUUCGGAACAUUUUGUGGCAUCCACAAAUUCCAGUGAUGGUGAUGUGGAUUCAGGUGAUGAAACACCUCACCAUAACCGCAAUACACCAUCACAGCAUCAUCCUCGUGCUGUGAGACUUCGGCCCUACCGGGGUUAUGUGAGACGGGAUCUACAUGAAACUAAGUUGUGAUAUUAUUUUGUCAGACCUGUCCUUAGACUUACAAUUAUCCAUAUCUUGUCUUGGUUUACUGACCGUGUGCUUCACAUACUCUGUUUUUCAUGUGUUUCCAAACCAAGCAAUUUAUUUUUGUAUUAUACAAAUACAUAUACCGACUACAAGAAUUACUUCUUCUUCACCUGGAAUAUGGUUUCUUUCUCCAUCAGUAAAUUUUAAACAAAUAACAUUAAAAUUAAGAAAUUAAAAUUUACUCAUGUAACUGAAAGAAAAUUGGGAAUGAGGAUUUGAAUCAUGAACAAAAACUCAUCUGAAAUACUUGCACAUCACUUUAACAUGAAAGGCAGCCGUACAUAUUGACAAGAGUACAGAGUGUAUUUCAUACUAUUUGUGGGUUUUCUGCUAGAAAUGUGGUAGGAGAAAGAAACAACAAAGGUUACAUUUUGUAUGCAAUACUGUCUGCUCUAUAAGCCAGGAUGCAUCAUACCUUGUGUAAGCAAGUUCGCAUUUCCCAUCUGUGUAUGAAUGCCAGAAAUAUGUUGAAAAUAGAAUCUAGUAACUUCUUGUAGUGACAUAAUGUGACGAUGACACGCCCUUGUUCAUAUAUUGGAUGGAGUAUAUGUAUAUUGAUUGUUUGAAAAUGUUGGUGUAUGUACUUGUAUGGGUCCUGCAAUUAUUGUGGUAAUGGUGCAUCAGUGAUAUGAUGAUAACCAAAGAUGUACUAAUCAGAUGACAGUUUAUUGAUGUGUUCCCACACUUAUUAGAUUGGCAAAAUAGUCAUCAUGCCAAGAAUAUUUUUGUGAGAUAGUGCUCUAAAUAAUCUCAUUGCCAUGACAUGGUCCCAGUGAUAGUAUAAGAUAUCAUCUCAGGUACCAUUUACUGUACUGCAGAAUCUGUAGAAUAUCUUUUAAAGUCAGAUGUUGAAGACAGGAAUAUCAUGCAGAAAAAUCUUCCGUGCACCUUACCAGACUUGGUAUGAGUCUUCUUACCUUUGGAUCCAAAUGUAGUUUAUAUGCAAGGCUCUCACAGUUGUGAAUGUUAAGAUUGUAAUCUUCUGGGAUGUGGCACUGUGUAGUGUGCUAUAUCAGCGCCAACAUUUUGGAGGAAGCACAUUUCUCCAAACUAUUGGCGCCUAUCUCUCAGACAGAAUGUUCCCACAUCCUUUAAGACAAUAAUCCUAACAAAAAAUAUAAUUUAUAUGUAGUAUAGUUGUCCCCGUGCUUAAGUAAUUAAGCACAACACUAUGAAGGCAUACGCUGGAGUGGAUGUAUAGAUCACGUUUUCUUGACCUUGGCCAGCUGGAGUUGAGCGGUCGGCUUCAUGCCCCAGCUGCUUUACACCUGG